UAUUGUCAUUGUCAGCUGUUGUUGUAAACACCGCGCGGUUCAUUCAUUAGAUUUAUUUAUUCAGUAUUUUGUUCUAAAUUUAUAUUAAUAUGAUUUUACAAUAUAAUUUAAACAGAUUGUUUCCGUACUAAAGAGCAAUAAUGUCAGACCCGACUAUACAAACGUUCUGCUGCCACCACAGUGGAAACAAUCUUGAUAUGGCAGUGAAAAUUAUGAAUGAAUUUAAUACCGACUCAUAUAACACAGUGUGCCUGACUUCUGCAGCUAUAGGAAUAAUAGGCGCAAUAUACCAGAUAAUUCCAUCCCCUGUUGAUCCAGAGAAGACACAAAAAUGGCAUACAUUUUCUUCUAUUAGAGGGCGCCGUAUUAUAAUAUGGUUAGCAGUGGCAGACUUAUUUGCUUCUUUAGGGGUGCUGAUUAGAUCAUCUCUUUGGCUCAGAUACAAGAACAUAAUGCCUAUGCCCAAUGAUGAUGUCAGUGUACUAUUUUGUAGUAUAAUUUCUGCAUGGACUCAGUAUUUUUAUACAGCAACUUGGUUCUGGACCUUGUUUUAUGCCAUUGAUACAUGGUUAACUCUUAAAGGAAGAGAUUCUCACCCAGUGCUUUAUCAUUCUGUUUCGUGGGGAGUGCCUGCAGCCACAACAAGCAUAGGAUUGUCCAUACUUUACUUGCCAGAUGCUACGUGUCAUAACUUGACAUCCUUAACAGCUGCAUUAAUUAAGGUGCUGCCAAAUUAUUUUGCCACUUACUUAACAAUAGCUAUUGUUAUGAUUGUGAAUCCCAUAAUGUAUAUGAAAGCUGGGAAAGAUGCAGAGGUGGCUGUUGCUCUACCUCUUGCACAGUUCACAAGCAAGGAACGUAAAUUGGUGGAUGCCUUGAGAUGCAAAUUCUUCCUGAUUAACAUGGUAUUCUAUGUCUGCUGGUUGCCAAACCUUGUGAAUGGUAUACUUUUAUGGACUAUGUGGUUCAACAUGCCGGUCAAAGUCAUUAUUAGUAUUUGGUAUAUUAUGGCACUGAUGAAUCCGUUGCAGGCGUUGCUGAACGCACUGGUCUAUAGAAGUUGGAAAGGAAAUCAAAAAUGUUGCAGUUUUAAUUUUUUCAACAAGUCUAGAAAAUCCAGCCUCCCGCAAGAGUAUUCUCCAUUGCUGGGAUCUGUUCCGGUUCCCUCUCGCUUGCAGUUGAAGCCUAUCAAGUCAAGUAUUAACACUUAUGCUACCCUUUAAGAUGACUCAAACAAUUUCAAUAACUUUUUAACUUAACGAUUUUGUCAUUGUAAUAUUGCGUUUCGGCUGUAUAUGGAAGUAAUUUUACUUCCCCUUAUGGAACUGAUUCAAAAACUUCAGUUCCAUAGACGGCCAUUUUAAACAUAGGUAUAUUUUUUAUUUACUUGCUGGAUACUCGCAUCAUUCCAUUGAAUUGUGUACAUAUUUGAUAAUGCUAAUUAUAUAUUUGUUAAUAAUGUUAUGUUACUA